CACCGCCGCCGCCGCGCGCCCGCCGGCCAGCCGCCGCCUCCUCCCCCCGGAUCGGGUGUACUGUCCCAACCCGAAAGUCCAGUUCUGCGGCCCGGCAGCGGCAAGCCAGCGAGAUGACACAGGAGUACGACAACAAACGGCCAGUGUUGGUUCUUCAGAAUGAAGCACUUUAUCCACAGCGUCGCUCCUACACUAGCGAGGAUGAAGCCUGGAAGUCUUUCCUGGAAAACCCUCUCACUGCCGCGACCAAAGCCAUGAUGAGCAUCAACGGAGAUGAAGACAGCGCAGCUGCCCUGGGCCUGCUCUAUGACUAUUAUAAGGUUCCAAGAGAGAGAAGAUCAUCCACAGCAAAGGCAGAUGUUGAGCCCCCAGAGCCAGAUCACAGCAAAAGAAACAGCAUAGCAAAUGUGACUGAACAGCCGCUCAUUUCCACUGGAGAAAACAGAGUGCAAGUACUGAAAAAUGUGCCAUUUAACAUUGUUCUUCCCCACGGCAACCAGCUGGGUAUUGAUAAGAGAGGCCAUCUAACAGCUCCUGAUACGACAGUCACUGUCUCCAUAGCAACGAUGCCUACCCACUCCAUCAAGACAGAAACCCAGCCACAUGACUUUGCUGUGGGGAUCCCCCCGGCAGUGUAUCAUCCUGAGCCCACCGAACGUGUGGUAGUUUUCGACCGGAACCUUAAUACUGACCAGUUCAGCUCUGGUGCUCAAGCCCCAAAUGCUCAAAGGCGUACUCCAGACUCCACCUUCUCAGAGACCUUCAAGGAAGGCGUUCAGGAGGUUUUCUUCCCCUCGGACCUCAGUCUGCGGAUGCCUGGCAUGAAUUCAGAGGACUAUGUUUUUGACAGUGUUUCUGGGAACAACUUUGAAUAUACCCUAGAAGCUUCCAAAUCACUUCGGCAGAAGCCGGGAGAUAGCACCAUGACAUACUUGAACAAAGGCCAGUUCUAUCCCAUCACCUUAAAGGAAGUGAGCAGCAAUGAAGGAAUCCACCACCCCAUCAGCAAAGUUCGAAGUGUGGUCAUGGUGGUAUUUGCUGAAGACAAAAGCAGAGAAGAUCAGCUGAGGCAUUGGAAAUACUGGCACUCCCGGCAGCACACUGCUAAACAAAGAUGCAUUGACAUAGCUGACUAUAAAGAAAGCUUCAAUACCAUCAGUAACAUCGAGGAGAUUGCUUAUAAUGCCAUUUCUUUCACUUGGGACAUUAACGAUGAAGCAAAGGUUUUCAUCUCUGUGAACUGCUUAAGCACAGAUUUCUCUUCUCAGAAGGGUGUGAAGGGUUUGCCUCUUAACAUUCAAAUCGACACCUAUAGUUACAACAACCGGAGCAAUAAGCCUGUGCAUCGGGCAUACUGCCAGAUAAAAGUCUUCUGUGACAAGGGAGCCGAACGGAAAAUCAGGGAUGAAGAACGAAAACAAAGCAAAAGAAAAGGCAAGUGUACUGACCCCAGCUCCCAGUUGAAUGCCUUUUCUGAUGUUAAAGUGCCAUUGCUGCCCUCUCACAAACGAAUGGAUAUCACAGUUUUCAAACCCUUUAUUGACCUUGACACUCAGCCUGUCCUUUUUAUUCCUGAUGUGCACUUUGCCAACCUUCAGCGGGGCACUCAUGUUCUUCCCCUUGCCUCAGAAGAACUGGAGGGUGAAGGAUCCAACAUGAAAAGGGGGCCGUAUGGAACGGAAGAUGACUUUGCUGCUCCACCUCCUGCUAAACUGACGCGGAUAGAAGAACCAAAGAGAGUGCUGCUCUAUGUUCGAAAGGAGUCAGAAGAAGUCUUUGAUGCCCUGAUGCUCAAGACUCCGUCUUUGAAAGGCCUAAUGGAGGCUAUUUCAGACAAGUAUGAUGUUCCCCAUGACAAGAUUGGGAAAAUAUUCAAGAAGUGUAAAAAGGGGAUACUGGUGAACAUGGAUGACAACAUUGUGAAACAUUAUUCCAAUGAAGAUACCUUCCAGUUGCAGAUUGAAGAAGCAGGGGGAGCGUACAAACUCACCCUCACUGAGAUCUAAAGGCCUACCUUCCCACAACUCCCCAUGAGUUAAAUGAAGGUGUUCAGUAGAUCUUAUUGUUUGGCAAACCACAGGCACACCAGUCCGCCACCUUCCAAGCAGGGUGGAUGUCAAUGGAGGGGAUUCCGUUUGAGUGGAGAUGGAGCAGCAUUUGGCUUGGAGAUAGCAUUUAAUAUAUUGCAUUGGUAUUUUUCAGAAGACAGAGAAAUCCAUAUAUCAUUGUGUUUGAAUUUUUUGAUACAGAUAUUUAAGAUUAAAAAAAAAAUUUUUUUUUUAAGAUUAGAAGUGAAAAAUUUUUUCUAAGAUUUAAUAGACUCUCUGGGAGCCUUUAGGAUAUCUGCUACAUUAUUUAUAUAAAAAAAAAUAUAUAUUGGGAUAUCUACCUUAUGUCUCUUUAACAUUAGUGGGCCUGCUCACUAGUGAAGCCGGGAAAAGCAUUAGGCUCGGCUUUGAGGAUUUCUGCUUUUGCCUGAACUCAGUAGAGCUCUGACUGCCUCAGGUUAGUGGGAGCUGGCGUCUGAAGAGUAAAGGGGUGAGCCCCUUUCUCCCCUAACCUUUCACCCUCCAAUAAAUGUUUACUAAAAUAGGGCAUAUUACUGAAAUCUUCCUUUGCAACAGUCUUGGACAUAUCAGCUGCCUUUCUUAUGAAGAACUUAAAUGGGUUACAGUGCGAAAUCAUUAAGAUAAAGCUGCAUUGUAUAUAAGUGCAAUAUAUUUUUGAAGGUCUGUGUAAAUGUGUACAUACAUCUUAUAUAAAUAUAUAAUAUAUAAAUAUGGUGUCUGUGUACAUAUAGUGAAGAUAUGCAAUAAGAUCUACCUUAAACACUUCCCCUAGACAAAAGGUUAAGUUAUUUUUUAUAACGUACACCAAGCAGAUAAAAUACUGUGUUUAGUGGAAUCCACUAAAAAGCUCUUUCUCUUUGGUCUCCCGAACACAGGCCAUCAUUCCAUAGCAUAGCAAAACCUCAAAUGACAGAGAUGCUGUUUGCUAUAGAGAAUGUCAUUAUUUGGAUCCCUGCACUGUUUAACAUAUGAAGUAAAGGAAAACUACUGCAGUUGAUACCUGUUGUGUAUGCUAGGAUCAGUCAGAUGUCCCCGUAUGGAGUGAGCAAACACAGUAACAUAUUGUAAUGAUCCUGUAGUACAUGCUACAACUCAAAAUCGGAGUUCUUCCUAAUCGUCCUAUUAGGAGGUUUUGAUUUUACCAUGUUUCAGAGCCUUCCUGCUUUGAUGAUCGUAUACGUUAACAAUUCUAGAAAGCAUUUAUGAAUUCCUGAGAGUAUCUUACUAUGGCAGAGGGACAUUUUGUACACAUGUUUAAAUAUAUUAAAAUACUAAAAAGUGUAAGUUUAUCACAGAAAUAAAAUCACGGGUAUCUUUAGGUUCAGGGAACUAGGUCAUUUGUAUACGUAGGACUGAUAGUUACAUUCUUAUAUUAAAAUAUUCUAAUGAAGUAUGUGAACUAAAUUGCCGGUUUUCUAAUAUAAGGUAUCAUGGGACACGGGUCAUAUAACAAUAUUUUAUAUUUUGUUUUAUGAACUUGAUUUCUUCUUGUUUAUUGUUUUUAAUUGUAUCAUUGAAGAUGUAUUUUAAACCAAGGGGAUUAAAUUUUAUAUGUCUAUUUUGUAAUAUGUCUUUCUCGUUAUUCGAUUCGACUUUAUCCUUUCAUUAGUCAGUGAAGCAGAAUUUGAGCUCUUGAAAUAUUAGAACUGAAAAGAAUCUCCUUAGCACUUUGUCCUUAUUUCUUAACAUGUAUACCUCAACCUCUUCCUUCAGGUUAGUUUUUCCUUUAAAAAAAAAAGCCAGGGAGCCCUGAAUAAUUUUUCAACUAUUACCAAAACAUAACCACUAAAGCUGAAGAUAAAGCUUUGAAAACUAAAAUCUUAGUGUUUUCACAAGCUUAGCAGACGAUGUUUAGUUCAAAAUCUACCCAUAAUGUUUAAAUUCAUCAGAAAUUUCUAAAUCAAACAGCUGUCCUGAGCAUAUUCAGAUAAGCAUAUUCAGAUAAGGGCCUAAAUGUGAUAGACACUGAAAUAUGUUUUUAAGGCAUACAGAAUCAAAUGAAUGCGCUAAGCUCCCUAAUGGAUUUCCUGUGGCAUCUCUGCAUUUUUCACUCUGAUCCUUGGGCCUAAAGUCAAGAAUCCUUUCCAGCAUACUCAGUCCCUGGCUGUUCAGCAGUUCCAGAGUCUAGCUUAGCAUACAUAGGAAGCCAUGUGGGCUCUGGAUCAUACACUCUCUUGGAGCCUUUUCUUCCAUGACUUCCCUACACUCUACUUUUUACUAAGGCUCCGUGGAACUUCUUAGGGUUUCCUCACAGUCCUUGCCUUCCCACAAACUGCUCUCUUCUCCCCUUGUCACUUAGCUUUUACUUCUGCCUCAAAACCAGGCUUUCCCUUUGAGGCCACAAGCUUUUCCUGAUCUCCCCAGUGGCUCAUGCCAGGCUUCCUCAGCACACAAUGCAGCCUCUCUCCUGGCACUCACUACUCUAUUGUACUUCAAAGCUUGCCAGUCGUCCUCACAAUAUCUGAUUUACCUGAGAACAGGUUUGAUGUCUUAGUCAACUUUAGAUCUUUGACACUCAACAUAAUGCUUGUUGCAUAGCAUUUGGUAAUGAUUUUGUGACAAUUAGGUAACUCUGUGCCUCAACCCAGUCACUUGUAAGACAUCUCCAAAGAGAUUUUUUAGAAGUUACUAAGCUCGGAAACCCUGGUGGUGUAGUGGUUAAGUGCUACGGCUGCUAACCAAAAGGUUGACAUUUCAGAUCCACCAGGAGCUUCUUAGAAACUCUAUGGGGCAGUUCUGCUCUGUCCUAUAGGGUCACUAUGAGUUGGAAUCGACUCAGCAGCAACGGGAGAGACGGACAGAAGCUCUAACAUUAGUCUGAGCUGGACCUGGACCUGUAGGCUACAGAGUAGGGCCAGUAGGCUAGAGGCUGUCUAUUCAACAGAGUGACAAUCAAAGCAUAAGUCCCUAACAGACAGUGGCCCAAAAAAAGGAGGUUUCAAGGAGAAAACAUUAUUAGAAAGGAGUAAUAAGGGAAGGCUGGAUAGAACACCAGGAAGUGAGACUAGAUGGACCUGACCCUUCGUAUAAACUGUUCACAGUGUGCUUUCACAUUCAUUAUUUCAAUUUAUCCAUUUACCCUCUUAAGGAAUCAUAGUAUUUUUCUCUAUAUUAACAAUAUUUUCAUCUUACCGUAAGUAACACAGUUGGUAAGGGACGUAGCCAGGCUGUGAAUCUAGGUCUUCUCACUCCAGUGCUCUCUCCAAGCCCAAGGGCAACAAGUGGGAUACGGAAUAACAACAAUAGCUACAUAAAUUAUUUCUUCUCUUGUUCAAGUCUCUAAUGUCUUAAAAAAUAAAACACGCAUAUACACUUCUAUGAUUUUGACCCCUUUAGCUAUCAUCCCCUUCAAAUCUUUUAACCAAACGUAUAAAUGUAACAGAUACUAAGAAAUUAAAAAGUAAGCAAUUAGCAUGAAUGUUAGAACCCUAUGGGGAGAUUUCUUGGAGGAAUAAAAGUUCCCUACUUCCCAACCCCUGGUGAAGGAGCCCUGGUGUACAGUGGUUAAAGCCCUCUGCUACUAAGUGAAAGGUCAGCAGUUCGAACCCACCAGCUGCUCCAAAGGAUAAAGAUGUGGCAGUCUCUUCCGUAGAAGAUUUACAGUCUUAGAAACCCUAUGGGGCAGUUCUACCCUGUCCUGCAGGGUGCAUAUGAGUUGGAAUUGACUCAGUGGCAAUGCAUUAGU